UUCUCUUUUAUAUGAGUACUGUACUGUAUGCCUACAGUAUGUAUAUGCAUACAGAUACUGUAUGUAUCUCUUGCCCUGGGCAAGUGUGUCAUUACAGUGCAGUCAUUUAGCAGAUGUUCUUAUCCAUCUUAGAAAUGAUAUCUCUGUAAACAGCCAUUGUUAUAACAUGGCAUAAAAUAAGAAUACAACAUGAAAUAAUUUCAUAGGUCAUAUUUUGUGGUUCUGGGUUGGCUAAUUCCACUGAUAAACACAUUACUGACUUGAAAAGAGAUGUAAGAUGUGAAAGCAAGACAGAGAGAAAUAGGGCAUUUAGUAGUUCAGAGGCAGAAGCACACACUCUGUGACCGCAAUGAGGUGCCUUUGAGAGAGAGAGAGAGUGAGAGAAGGAGGGAGGGUGAUAGAAAGAGCGAGAGGGAAGGAGAGAGAGGGAGAGAGAGCAAGAGGCAGCAAAAGCUAGAAAAAGAGGGAACGUAGGGAGGAUGAAGCAGUGUAGAGGCAUAUGUACUCAUACAUGCCAUCAUGUGUUGUCAUUUGUGAGCUGCGUGUGAAUUGUAACAGUCACAUAAAUAAACGAAUGGUCCCGUUUGAAAUGUGGCCUUGGCUCACAAACUGCCCUGUACAUGCACGCAUACACACACUGGCACAUGCACACACACACAUGCACAUGCGCACACACACACACACACACACACACAUAAUGUACACACGUCAGAGCUGCACAUCUACAGUAGCACAUACGAGAGACUAAAGUCAGUGUGGGUGUCUUCUUUUUUCUUUUUUCUUUGUUCAAGCGUGGAGAAAUCCGCCUUUCGUGGAACUCAGAAGGAAGAGAGGGGGUGUGAGGGGAGUGGGGGUGAAGAGCUUCAAGACAAAAUGCACUAUUGUUCCAUGAAAUUUGUCAUUUGGAUAACCGUGGCUGUAUUCACAACGCAGGCUGAGGCCAUAGAGGUGAUUUAUGGCCAGUUGGGGGGAUCUGUCACUCUCCCCAAAGAACCAUGGGGAGGACGUAAGGUGACGGUCCGCUGGUCCAAAGGAAACUCUGAACAUGUCUAUUCACAGGGGUCCGUGGGUGGCGUACCAUCAAUAGGCCCAGACAUGAAGGACAGGGUGUCACUCUCCAGGACUAAUUACUCUCUCAUCAUAAAGAACCUGAAACCUGAAGAUUUCACUUCCUUCAAGUGUGAACUAAGGGAGAACAGGUUAUCAACCUCAACCGAGUACAGACUGUAUCAGAUCACAGUCAUUGCCUCAUCCUCCAUUCUCCUGGCCUCCCAGACUCUCUCUCUGAAAUGCACGGCAGAGAAAAGUACAGUUCCGACAACGAUAGAGUGGGGUGGCCCUCAGGCCCAGAAGGUCGAGGGCCCCAGAUUCCAGCCCAGUGGCCCAGAUCUGACAGUGACCCCUGUCUCGGUGCGAGAUCAUGGAGUGUGGAUCUGCACAGUCACAUACGGCAACAGAAAAGCCACAGCCACUGCCUCAGUCACUGUAGUAGGUAAGCAUAUGAUACCAUCUGGACCGCUUUCUCUCUCUGAAAUUCAAAUUCAAGUUGCUUCAUUGGCAGGAAAUACAUAUGCAAAUAUUGCCAAAGCAUCAGAAAUCAAUUGAAAUACAGACUCUCUCUCUCUCUCUCUCUCUAUCUCUCUCUCUCUCUCUCUCUCUCUGUCUCUCUCUCUCUCCCUCUCUCUCUAUCUCUCUCUCUCUCUCUCUCUCUCUCUCUCUCUCUCUCUCUCUCUCUUCUCUCUCUCU